ACUUGAAUAAGCUGAAAACCCUAGCUAUAAAAUAAGUUCAGAGAGCCAAGUUCCUAUCUUUCAGCAGAAACCCUAGCUAGCGCCCAAAUCGCAACCCAGUCGGAUCCCGCACUCAAAUCCAGCAAAAAUGAAGGUCAUUGCUGCGUAUUUGUUGGCCGUAUUGGGAGGCAACACUGCCCCUUCAGCUGAUGAUAUCAAGAACAUCCUUUCCUCAGUUGGAGCUGAGGCUGAUGAUGGCAUGAUUGACUUGCUCUUGAGUCAAGUGGAGGGCAAAGAUGUCACUGAGCUAAUUGCAUGUGGAAGGGAGAAGUUGGCCGCAGUGCCUUCUGGUGGCGGUGGAGUUGCUGUUGCCGCUGCUCCCGUCGCUGGAGGGGGUGGUGCUGCACCUGCUGCCGAAGCGAAGGAGGAAAAGAAAGUUGAAGAGAAGGAAGAGUCGGAUGAUGAUAUGGGUUUCAGCUUAUUUGACUAGAAAGAUCUCAAGUGUUUCAUGUGUACAACACAUUUUCGGUUUUAGUCAAGAGUUUCAACCCAAAUCACAAGGUUUUGUUACUUAAGUUACACAUACUUUUAGGUUUCAUGGGUUCUGCCAUUUUUCAUUUGACUUGAGACAAUGUAAUGACACCAAAAUGCCCUAUAUAAUUUAGUCGUGUUUUGAAUGUUUUGCUUA